AUGGCUCUUGGAGUCCGUUUGCUCUUGCCCGAUACCGCUCUCCCUUGGGUCAGAGAGUGUGACUUUGCCGCCUGGGAGACUGAAGCCAAAUCUUUAUUUCACUCAUCCACAGGGACCAGGACAACAUUUUUGGAAGAGUUCCCCGUCGUGAAGGAGGAGCUGGAAGCAGGCAUCAGAAAGCUCCACGCCCUUGCAGACCACAUCGACACAACCCACAGAACACUCACCAAAACCAACAUGGCGGCCAACUCCAUGGCGGUGGUCUCAGGAGCCAUGAGCAUCCUGGCUCUAGUCCUUGCUCCGGCAACAGCAGGAGGAAGUCUGAUGUUCUCCGCUGCUGGUAAAGGUCUGGGGACAGCAGCUGGGGUCACCGGCAUCUUGAUCAACAUUUUGGGACACUUGCGAAAUCAAGAAGCCCGAGCUCAGGCCAGCAGCCUAGUGCCCACCCGUGGCCACGAGGUCGGGGAGCCCGGGGGGCAGAAGGCGUCUUACCUCAUGGCUGUUGGAAAGAUGGCUUAUGACUAUGGAAGUGCCAUCAAGGAUAUUAAGAAGGACAUCCGCGCCCUUCAGAUAGCUAGAGCCCACCCACGUCUGGCCACUGCUGCUAAGCGUCUCCUGACCACUGGCCGAGUCUCGGCCCGAAGGAGCAGGCAGGUGCAAAGGGCCUUUAAAGGCACGACGCUGCUGAUGACGACAAACAUUCGCUUGCUGGGGAGUGCGAUGGCGGGCUUAUCCCUCGGCCAGGACUUGACCGCCCUCCUGAAGGACUGGAAGCGACUGAAGGAAGGACCAAGGACGAAGUCUGCGGAAGAGCUGAGGGCCCAGACCUGGGAGCUGGAAAGGACGCUGACAGAACUCACCCAGCUCUAUGAGAGCCUGAAGCGGAGGAAACUCUUCCAAGAGGAAAGACCCAGGAGCUCAUCUUCGGGAGGAGCCACGGGGGUCUCUGCCCCAGCCCCCAGCCAGGCGUGGGGAAGCAGGACCCCAGGGGACACAAGAGGACGAGGGCAGGCUGAGCCGCCGGGCCUCUGAGCAGAAUUAAAAGGGGCAGGGCGGAGGCGGGCUGGUUGGCAGAAGGGAUGCCUGGAAACUGAGCAACCGGGAGGUCCACCUGGGUCCCGAGGGCGCUGUCGCCUGGUGAGGGUGGCCAGGGCCAUCUGUCCUGCCUCUCUCCUUUGCCACCCGGCUUCUUCAUUGUCCCCCACUCUUCCCUGGGGAGCCACCUCAUUCCCACUGCUUUGUCAGCACCCCGUUCGCUCAUGUGCACACAGGCUCUCUGCUAAGCGGGGACCAUGAGACAAGGAAGGUCCCUCAGGUGAAGGUCACCUUGGGCUCACCUUGCGCUCACCGGCCGCCUUGCUCUGCUCUCUACCUGCCCCUGCCCUGCAGUAAAACCCUGGGUUUGCACACACAGGGAUGUCACCGCAACCUGCCCGACCAGAUUCCAUCAGGAGCCCUCCCUUUCUCCCCAAGUGCUCUGCGCAACUUAGGACCUCUCCAGGCUUCCCCAUUCACCUGUCUUUUCUUCUUUUCUUCUUUUUUAUGUUUUAGCUGCUAUUUUGAAAGCAGUGCAUGGACAUGAGGGACAACUUUUUUUAAAGUUCAGGAAAGUAAAAACCAGGCGUUGGAAACAAUGCAUCAACCAAGGGUGACCACUGUUGGCAGCCGGGUGUGGAAUUUCCUUCCCGUGGUUACUUGCUUUGGGUGUUAAAGUGUAGCGGUCAUUAGACUGCGUGCGGGCGGGGGGCGGGGCUUCCUCCAGGCUGCCUUUACAGGUUUUUUUUUCUGCAAACCAAUGAGUGGUCUUGCUCUCAUUCUCAAUUCCUUCAUUUGCCUACAGACCUAGCACUUUGCAUUUUGCUGUUUUCACUUAACGACAUUUUCCUGCCCUUCUAUAUUUCACUUGGUUUUUAUAGACUUUUUUCGUGUGUUGCACAAUAUUCUCUUGGUUGUAUGUAGUCUUUUUUUUU